GGAGAGGGCAGACUUGUUAUGUAAUUAUAUCCAAAAAAUAAUUUUAAAAAAAUCUUAUCUUCAGCCUGUCUUUCAUUCCGUCAUCUGAUCCCCACCUCGUCGGUGGUGAAAGAGGAAAGAUGGUUUCGUUGCAAGGACCGGUGAUUUGCCCUGCCGUUCGGAGCAAACAAGUUUAUACGUUGCCGGUGAAUGGGCCUUUCCCGAGGGCAAGAUUGCAUAGAAGUGAUAUAUGGGGAUAUAGAGGGGUAACUGAUGGAAAGAGUCAGUCACGUGCCAGUUCUCGUCAAUUGAAACUGCGAAAGUGUAAGACCAUGGUGCAGUGUAGUUUGAGUUCAUCGUCAGAUGAGAAUGGAAGCAUGGCCGAGAAUUUCAAUGAAAACGAUGAAAAUUAUGUUAAUUCCAGUUUGGUUGAAGCUGUUGAGUUGAGGAGUGGGGCCGACGGAUAUAUGAUCAAAAUGAGGGAUGGUAGGCAUUUAAGGUGCGUCCAUAACAAUCCUCAAAGUGAGCAUCUGCAGCAUGAUGCACCGCAUCCUGUCAUCGUUCUGAAGAUGGAAGAUGGGACCGGUCUUCUUCUCCCAAUCCUUGUUUUGGAGAUGCCGAGUGUGUUGCUCAUGGCAGCAGUGCGCAAUGUCCAAAUUGCUAGACCUACUAUGUAUCAAGUGGUGAAGGACAUAAUUGACAAGAUGGGCUACUCGGUAAAGCUUGUUAGACUUACUAAAAAAGUGCAGCUGGCCUAUUUUGCUCAGUUGUACCUAACAAAGUUGGGUGAUGAAACAGAGUCUGUCAGUUUUGACCUUCGUCCUUCUGAUGCCAUCAACAUUGCUGUGAGAUGCAAGGUACCUAUACAAGUGAACAAGUACUUGGCAUACAGUGAUGGCAUGCGAGUGAUUGAAUCAGGGAAGCUGCAUUCUCCAGCUUCAGAUGGCUUGUUAUUUGCUGAACUGGACCGGCCAAGCGGUCAGCAUUGUCUUGAUACGGAGGAGUUCAAAAUUGUCCAUGACUUAAAUGAGGCUAUUAAUCAGGAACGCUACCAGGAUGCUGGUUUUGAAGGUAUUGCUUUUAGCAAUGAUGAAAAAAAAGAUAGGAAAUCGGAUUUCGAAAUCUCUGAAGAUGAUAGGAAGACUAGAAUUGGGAAUCUUAAGAAGAAAGCAAUGAAGGCAUCGAGUAAAUUCAGACGUUCUCUUAAGAAGAAAAAUAGUAGGAGGAAAAGUGAUCUUUCUGCUUCUUCCAUUAAGGAUUUUCGAGAUAUUGAGGAGUUGCAAACUGUUGAUGCUUUUCGUCAGGCAUUAAUUGCUGAGCAGUUGCUUCACGCUAGACAUAACGAUUAUCAUAUACUAUUGAGAUUCUUAAAAGCAAGGAAGUUUGAUAUCGAAAAAGCAAAGAACAUGUGGGAAAAUAUGAUCCAAUGGAGGAAAGAUUUUGGUACUGAUACUGUUUUGGAGGAUUUUGAGUUUAAAGAGUUGAAUGAAGUGUUGAAAUACUACCCUCAAGGUUAUCAUGGGGUGGAUAAGGAAGGAAGACCUGUUUAUAUUGAAUUGCUAGGAAAAGUUGAACCUGACAAGGUCAUGCGAGUGACAACUUUGGAACGAUAUGUAAGAUACCAUGUGCAGGAGUUUGAAAAGUGUUUUGCAACCAAGUUUCCAGCUUGCACCAUUGCAGCAAAGAGACACAUAGAUUCCAACACAACUAUUUUGGAUGUUCAAGGCAUGGGUGUUAAAAACUUUAGCAAGUCUGCACAAGAUCUUGUGAGGCGGCUGCAGAAGAUUGAUAGUGAUAACUAUCCUGAGGAAUGUUUAUCAUCAAUUCUCCCUCUGCAGACUCUUUACAGAAUGUUCAUCAUCAAUGCUGGUCCUGGUUUUAAGAUGGGCUGGAAAGCUGCCAAAUCUUUUCUUGAUUCUAAAACUGCUAGUAAGAUUACUGUUCUUGGUAGCAACUACCAGAAUAAGUUGCUUGAAGUUAUUGAUGCAAGUGAGUUGCCUCAAUUUCUGGGAGGUAGUUGCACCUGUGCUGAUAAGGGAGGUUGCAUGAGAUCAGACAAAGGUCCAUGGAAAGACCCCAACAUAUUAAAGAUGAUUGCCAAUGGUGAAGCACUAUUUUCCAGACAGAUUGUGACAGUUUCAAACAGCGAAGGAAGGGUUAUUGCCUGUGAUAAGCCAUGUUAUCCUGUGAUAAAGAGUAGUGACACAUCUGCAGCUGAGUCAGGAUCUGAAAUGGAAGAAAUUGCAUCUCCUAAGACAACAAGAAGCUAUUUACAUCCAAUAUUGGCUCCUGUUAGCGAAGAGGCUAAAAUGGCUGGUAAGGCAAUCUCUGCUGGUGGUUUGUCCGAGUAUGAUGAAUAUGUGCCCAUGAUUGACAAGGUUGUAGAUUCGGAAUGUGAGAUACAAGUGUCCCAUCAUAGUCCAUACACUUCAAGAGGAACUCCCCUGCUGCCGGUAGAGCAGACUCCGAAAGGAAUCUAUGGUUGUAUCGUAGCUGUAAUUGUUGCCUUCUUGACCUUUUUUACUCUUAUCAAAGCCAUGAUGUUAAAUCUGAUGAAGAAGCGGAGUAUAACUGAUUUGACAAGUAGCAUUCCUGACCAGCAUGUUGAGUCGACGGACAAGGAGGAAACUCGUCCCCCUUCACCUGCUCCAAGGUUUACCGAGGCAGACCUCCUAUCAUCUGUUGUAAGAAGGCUGGGUGAUCUAGAAGAGAAGGUUGAGGUGCUACAAUCCAAAAGAUUUGAGAUGCCUCAUGAGAAAGAGGAGUUGUUGAAUGCUGCUGUUUGUCGUGUGGAUGCAUUAGAAGCAGAGCUAAUUGCCACAAAAAAGGCUCUUCAUGAAGCUUUAAUGCGGCAGGAAGAACUCCUUGCUUAUAUAGAUAGUCAAGAAGAAGCCAAGUCUCGGUUCAAAAAUUUUGGCUCUUGGGUCUCAUCUUUCUUCUCAACUUUGAUGCGUCUUCAGAGGUUCUCCAAGGUUCUUCUGGGUUGUUACAAUAAUGGGUUUUCCAAUCUCAUUCCUGGGUCUUCAUCGUCUCAGCUAUUAAGAUCUUUCAAUGAGGCUGCAACGCAUGGAUUUUCUGCAGUGUCGGGUGAUAAUUUAAGGAGCCUACCUAAGAGUGAUUCCCCGAGGAAUUACCAAGUUGUGGUGGCUGCAACUCGUGAAAUGGGGAUUGGAAAAGAUGGCAAGUUACCAUGGAAACUACCUACUGAUCUCAAAUUCUUCAAGGAGCUUACAAUGACGACAUCAGAUCCUGAGAAGAAGAACGCUGUAGUAAUGGGUAGAAAAACCUGGGAGAGUAUUCCACUUGAGUUUAGACCUUUACCUGCUCGCCUAAAUGUUGUCCUGACUCGUUCUGAAUGUUCUCAUAUUACAACUGGAGAAGAUGUUGUAACAUGUAGGAGCAUUUCAUCAGCUUUGGAAUUAUUAGCAGAGAUUCCUUAUUGUUCUUCGAUAGAGAAGGUGUUUGUCAUUGGCGGUGCCCAGAUAUUUAGGGAAACACUCAAUGCUCCAGGUUGUGAAGCCAUCCACAUUACUGAAAUUGACACCAGCAUCGACUGCGAUACUUUCAUUCCUGCAAUUGAUUUGUCUUGUUUCCGGCCGUUGUACUUAUCCAAGCCAUUAGUAGAAAACUAUAUCCGGUUUUCUUUUGCAACAUAUGUUCGUGUGAGAACUGUGGCAACUGGUUCUCCUUCAAAUAAUGAAGUUAAGUCUAAUGGCAGUUCAAAUUCCUACAAUUUUGAGGUAAAAAACUAUACUUUCCUGCCAAGGAUGAUUCUUGAGAGACAUGAUGAUUAAAUGUACUUCAGACGUAUUCAAGAAAUUAUCUCAAAUGGCAAGCACCAUUUUGACUGGAUAGAUACAAAAUGCUUGGUAGUCUUUAACUUUGAUUCUCUUUGCAUCUACUGUUCUUGACCUCAUAUUUUGUUCUUUUGUUCUUGCUGGUAUUUAAAUGUGAAUAUGAGCAUUGCCGUGGUAUCAAAACUUGCUGGAUGAUCAAUAUUUAUCGAACCCCAAUAAUCUGUACCAUUAUAAUCAACUGUAUGAAGCUUCAUGGUCUUUUUCUCUUCUCGUGUAUGAAGCUUCAUGGUUUUUUUCUCUUCUCUUGUCUCGUAUUUUUUAAAGAAUGUAAGGGAAGUAUGAACUCAACACCAUCUUUCUAUUCUUCUGAUGAAAACUCAGCUCAAAGUACCAUAUUUCCUCCUUCAGCAUCCCAUUGGUGUCAUUUUUCUUGUUAGAAACUGACUUAUGAUUCCUUGAAGAGGACAACAAUACCCUCUUCAUCUUCACACCUUUGGAUACAUCAACCAAUUCUUGGUUCUUAUCAGUUAUUAGUAGUCACUUGCAAUCCUUUCUCCUUUUCAGGCAUGUUAACUUUAACCCUUCGUGUCGAUGAGGAUAACUUUUUCCCCAAGUAAACAUUAGCAGCAUGGAAGAUUUUGUUAGCGGUGGUGAGUCCAUCAGACUCUUCAAUGAUAACUGUGAGAUGAGAGCAUUAGGAGGAGAUGUUUUGUAGAUGCAACAAGAACCGACCCUUGAUGGUAUCCGGGAUGAAAUCAUUGGCAAUGGUUGGAAAGAGAAUGGCUGAGGCGAUGAGAGUUCGUUUCAUAUGAAGGCAUUGUUUUGGUUGAAAACCGCAUGUUUCUUUUUUCCAGAAGAGUUCGUUUUUGGGGUUUUAGAGAGGUUUGGGCUAAGCAAAGGAAGAACAAAACUUAGAUGGUUUUGCUUGCUUCGCUUGGAGAAAACGAAAGAAAAAUCUCUUAAAUGGGGGCUUUUGCUUUUCCGAAUUAUAAAACAAUAGAUUAGGAACUAGAUUUCUCUGGACUCUGCUUUUCGAGCCGAAGAGGGAAAUCCAUCAUCUUCAAAAAAGCUCACACUCCCUUGAAAGCCUGGUAACUCGAAACUCUCACUAUCUCAGUAACUUCAAAAGUUUUCAUGUGAAUUACAGACUAAUUUUCCCUCUUUCAAACUCCUUAAAAUGUAAAAAAAUUGAUGAAAUAGAGAAAGGGGUAAUCAAAUUGUUCAAUCCCAUGCGAAAAAUGUAACUAAUUUCAUUUUAUAGUUGGAAAGGAUGAGUGGGCAAGCAAGCAACGUUAAUAGCCAC